UAAUGAAAUAGGAAAUACGGUGGCGCUAUCUGCAGAACUACCUAGUAAAAUCGAUUAAACCGGAAACUGUGUAGCCGCUCGCGUACAGGCCAGGAGCAAGCGUUGGCCACAUGUGUUUUGCAGACCGCUUUACCGUGGAAAAAGCUCGCCGAAAAUGUCGUGUUUACGUAAUCUGUGGUAACGUGACGUUGAAACGGUGCUCCUGAACUCGCUACUGUUGUGACAAAAUUUUUAACCUGCACAUCAAACAAUCCAGGAAAGAUACGCAAAAUAUAAAGAAGAACACAAAGAAGAAAAAUUACUUGUAUUAACAAGGUGUAUUCUGAUUGUCUACUCUAACUUCCUCGUUUCUACUUGGCACGCACUGCGUAUACUCUUGUAUUUCUUCGACAUAUAUCAUCUAUAAAGAAGGUAGAUUAACCGUCAUUUAAUUAUUCAUCAUCGGUUAGGAAAAUAUUUGUACCGGCUGAUUUUCGAUCGUCUAGUGAAAUCGCCGAGUCAGCGUGUUCUUAACCACGCAACCUAUUGCCUCGUGUACAUAAAACGAGAAUUCUUCGUACAUUCGAUUGAAUUUUAGUAGAAAUUUGUUCUUCGUUGAAUUUCUAAAGAACAUUCUGGUACGGCUAAAUUAAAAAAGUAUAAGAGAAAAAAAGAGACGUUAUAGGUAUUCAGUAACGACCGCGUGUGCACGCCGCGCCUUCUGGAAAGAGCGAUUCCUCGUGACGAGUUUCGAGUGGGCGUUCUAUUCGUCAACGAAAAGGAGUAACGGCUAAUGUUCUACGUUUGUGUUAAAUUUAACGCCAACUUCUAUUAAAUUUAAUGUGUUCGUGCUUUGUCGAGCACGAACUCGAAGAAGACAUGCGUCCAGUUUGUAGUAUGGAGGAUAUCCUUAGAUUGAUGUUUUAAAGCCGAAUCGACACACGAUACGUCUCGAAUCUCUAAUCAGGCAACGAGGCUGUUCGGUUAGAUUAAUGUGUCCGAGGGUGUUCGACGUUCCUCAGGACUCCUCAACCGCCUGAGAGGAAGCAAUAUCUUAUAAAACCUUUUUGAGCAAAAUCCUCGUGUUCGGACCUCGUGUUUUGUCUUUCGGCGCGUACUAUUCAAAAUGGCGGCCAAGGUGGCCAGUGGCACGCAGGGAAGUGCCGAGAAGGAGCAGUGCCCCGGAGUCUCUUAUGCAAGUAUCUUGAAUCCAAAAAGUGGCAGCGAGACCCGAGUUGUUAACAAAGGUAACAACAAGGAGAAUAUUGGUAGUCAAGUGGUUCAACAACAAUCCGUACCCAUCAAGGAUUGUAUUGCUUCUCAGAAUUUAGCUGUUAAAGGGAAGUCUUAUCAAAGAACUGGAAGAAGAAUCAAUCCACAAAACAAAAUCGAGAAACGUUAUGGAAACGAAUUACCAACUGCCAUUGAACAGAAUCAGUUAGUUAUUCAGAAGGAGAAUUUAAUCGAAGAAAGACAAGAAGCCACUGUUGAACAAAUGAACGGUGACAUAGGAAGUGACGGCGAAUUUCAGACAGUAGCACCAAAGAGUGCUAGAAGAAAAGAAAAGUUAAGAGAACAACAGCGAGAUUUUAGAGAAAGGCAGAAACAUCGUGAUCACAGACAUCCUCUUCGUGGUCAUACUGGAAGCAAUGAGAGACCAUAUAAGGAACGAGAUCGUGGAGAUAGAGGAGGUAUGGACCAUGUUGUGGGAAAUAAAGAUGUUUUGAAAGACAAGGAAGAAACAGAGGCAGAAUCGGAAAUUCAAUCUUCAGCUCCUGUUAAAUAUGUAGAAGCUCCUUUACCUGCAGUUAAUCCUUGGACUAAAAGUAAAAUUAUAACUCCAGUUACACCUGCAAAUUUUGUCACUACUGUACCUUCAGGAACUGUGGUAUCUAUGGAAAAACAGACUGACAAAGAAAAGAGAGUACUUCAACCUCAGCAGCAGCAAGGGAUUGUAGAAAACGGCAUCAACACCGGAAAUCAUCCGACUAUUGUGACGGUGUCAAAGGAUAGAAGAAAAUUUAAUCAAAAGGCGAGCGACUUCUCAGAUAUCGGUGAUUGGCCAACUUUAGAAGCUUCAGGAGAGAAGAAGACAGUUGUAACAGCACAGAAGCAAAAUGGUGUGAUUGAACAAAAUAACUGCAAAGAAAGUAGCAGUAAUGCUGUUGAAAGCAGAGGAAAAGAAAACAAAGAGCAGAACCAUUGUCAACAUGAUGAUGAAGAACACUUGGAUGGUAAUGAAAAGAAAAAAAAAGUGAACAAGCAGAAAUGGGUACCGUUGGAAAUAGAUAUAGCAAAAAAUCGGAGCAAAAGAGAUCGGUCACCAAAGUACCAUAAUCAGAGGGAAAAGAGUGGAGAAGAAUUAUAUCUUUUAACAGAAGCAGAUUCGUACAGAAAUAGAGAGUAUGAUAGGCCAGCGUACAUUACAAGAGGUGGACGGGGUGGGCGAAGUUACAGAGGAAGAGGAGGGCGUGGUGGACGAGGCGCUUAUCGUGGUAGCUUCAGGCACAGACAUGAUCAAGUUUAUAUGCAGAUGCAUAAAUUUGGUCUUUUGGAUCCUAAUUAUAUGAUGGCUUACAUGGGAACAUUUUAUUUUAAUAACGCAAAUUUCAUUAACGUAAAUACAACGACGCUUAAGGAAUUUCUGAGGAAUCAAAUAGAAUAUUACUUCAGUGAAGAAAAUCUUUUAAGAGAUUUCUUUUUACGCCGUAAAAUGGAUGCACAAGGCUUUUUACCUAUCACUUUAAUUGCUUCUUUUCAUCGUGUACAAACUUUAACGACAGAUGUUGGACUUGUUAUUGAGGCGAUUAUGGAAUCCGAUAAAUUGGAAUUAGUGGAUGGAUUUAAGGUCAGAACGAAAAUAGAUCCUUUGAAGUGGCCUAUCUUGGACGCGGCUGAAAAUCCUGUAUUCUUAGAACCGUCUGAUACUUCGAACCCAUCUCAAAACGAAGUAAUACUCUCCUCCACGUCCGAAUCCGAAUUUUGCCCUGCUGCGAGACCUUUAUCUACAAUUCCUAUUCCCCCAGUUCCGCGCGUUCUUCAAUCCAACCACAUUAUCCCAACAAUAGGAAGGCUUAGUGAAUCAGAAAGUAUAUCCUCAUUGAUAGGCGACAGUUUAAAUCCUGACGUACCGGAGUUCAUACCAAUUUCGAACGAACUGACAGACAAAAAUAACGAACCUAUUGUAUUCGAUAAUACAAGCGAAUCGUUCAAGACAGAAAAACAAUCAGUAGAGCUGAGAAGCAUUCCAGUACUAUCGAGUGACAAUUCAUUACUGCUCUCAAGAAACAAAGCCUCGAAACCGGACGAUAAAAUGUCCACAACAGUCAAGUGUUCUAGUCCAUCCUCCGUACCAGAAGUACAAGUCAACGGAGAAUCACAAUCUGUCAAUGAUGUUUGGAAAGAGGUAAGGCGAAGGGUGAAACCGUCACAUAAGGAAAGAAACGAAGAAAAAGAGAAAAUUGAUAACGUUAAAAGCGAAGAAAGAGAGGAGUUAGACUUUCAAUUUGACGAGGAACUCGAUACACCACCACCAACUGGCCGUCACAAUGCAUUUUCUGAAUGGUCUGAAGACGAUGAAGAUUAUGAAUUGUCAGAUAGAGAUGUCAAUAAACUUUUGAUCUUCACACAAACGUCGGUGCCUAUGUCGACGCGUAUUCCGAAACACGAAGGUCAUGAUCGGACUGGUGACUGGACAACAAGAGUAAAAAUGACCCAGGAUCUCGAGCAAGCUAUCAAUGAUGGAUUGUACUAUUAUGAAGAGGAUUUAUGGAUGAAAGAUGGUCAAAGGUAUGGGUCUUCAUCGUCAAUUGGAAGCUAUAAGACUGUCAAUGUGAUUAGUCAAGAAGAUUUUGAAAAAAUGGCUCCUAAAGCGCCUAAAAAAGCUAAUCCAGAAGUUCCUCCUCCACCACCAUCUGCAAUAGAAGAUAUGGAAGUGUCUCGUUCGCUUCCAACGCAGAUGUCAAUAACUACAGAUGGUCAAGAGAGAAGAGAUCGUCGUGUAGAUAGAAGUCGUUGGAAUGAUAAAUCGAGAAGGGAUAGUAGAAGAGGAGUGGUUCCUCGUUUCUUCGCGGUAGUAAAGGAUGAACCUUCGGUAGAUCCUAGGACACCGCGAAAAAGAAAAACACGACAUAGCAAUAAUCCGCCUGUUGAACAUCACGUUGGUUGGAUUAUGGACGUUCGGGAGCAUCGACCGCGUACAUAUUCUACGGGAAGCAGCACAGGAACAAGUCCAAAUGAAGGUUACCUUGCGAGUAGUUACGGAAGUGCACCACAAUCAUUGCCUAUUUUUCAUCACCCGAGUCAUGCUCUUCUAAAAGAAAACGGUUUUACACAGCAGGUCUAUCACAAGUAUCAUUCACGUUGCUUAAAAGAACGUAAGAGACUUGGAAUUGGCCAAUCUCAAGAAAUGAACACACUUUUCCGUUUUUGGUCAUUCUUCUUGCGGGAAAAUUUCAAUCGUACUAUGUACGAAGAAUUCAGGACUGUAGCCAAAGAAGAUGCCUCUGAGGGUUAUCGAUAUGGUUUAGAAUGCCUUUUUAGAUUUUAUAGUUACGGUUUGGAAAAGAGAUUUAGACAUCACCUGUAUAAAGAUUUCCAAGUUGAAACGAUACAAGAUUACGAAAGUGGUCAACUGUAUGGAUUAGAAAAAUUUUGGGCGUUCUUAAAGUAUUAUAAACGCUCUGAUCAACUUCAAGUAGAUCUUAAAUUACAGGAGUAUUUGUCUAAAUUCAAGAGUAUCGAAGACUUUAGAGUGGUCGAGCCUCAAAUAAAUGAAAUGCUGCAAGCAUUUGCUGCGAACUCACGAUCUCAGGCCGCGAAGAGACGAAACAGAAGUGUGUCCGAAAGUGCCGGUGACGGUGAUGCUUCACCUACCAAUAGAGUUCGUCGACUAUCUGGUGGUUCCAGUACCGUAACGUUGCCAACUUCAAGUUCUGAAAACAAUUCCGUCGCGCAAAAGUCUCGUGUGGACUCAGUGAAUCUUUCGCAGUUUCGUAACAGAGCCGGUUCGUUUGGAUCUGGACGAUUAGGUCAUCCUAGAAGACGGAACGACGCUGGUUCCUCUUCCUCGAAUAUUCAACGAGAUUUAAGUAAACAACAACAGCAAUCACGAAGCAAGCAAAAUUUCAGCUCGUGUACAAAGGCUCAAGAAGUGAGUGGCAAGCCUCAAAAUGUCAUAAGGGAUCGUUUACUGGCGAUCUCUAAGGCCGAACAGACGAAGUCGGCCACAAUCAAGACGGAUAGCACGUCUAUUUCUCAAAAAUGAGAUCAGCUUGAAAAUUGAUGGGUAAGUGCAUAAGCACUUGCUCGAUUUGCUAAAUUGGAUAAGUGCAUCGCUCCUGGGAUAGGGAUAAUAUUUAUUCUAAGAAAAAGGAAAAUCUCGUUUGAAAAAGUAAUAGAGAAGUUAUACAGUGUGUUAGAAUCAUUUUAAAAAAAUGAACACAAGACUCUUUGUGUACAAAACGAUGAAUUUAUGAAAGUGUAUUUCUCUGACGUUGGGGAUCGUUAGAGAAGAAUAAUGAAACACACUGUAAGUGAAGGUGAAAGACAUCUUCGUUCGUGAGAGAAAAUCAGCAAGCUAUUUUUAAGGUAGUUCAUUAAGGUUGUAUUUACGAAUAUAUAUAUUCGGCUAUUUUUGCUUAUAUUAAACAAAACCCUGUUCGGUUCAUCCGCUAGGAUACUUUCGCUAAAAAUCCUAGCAGGAAAAAAAAGAAGAACCGCCCACGGAAUGAACGAAUACAUGAAGAAUCCAGGCACGAUAACGUGUACAUACAUUUCGUAUUGCCGAUAAAUUCGUGUUCGUUUAAUACAUUUAUUCGAACGAAUUUUUUCAUUUGUAGAAAUUGGGUUACAAGUCUCAUACGUGUACAAUGUAUAGAUUUAUUACGGCAUUAUUAUCGUUCUUCGCAAAAGUUACAAUUGAGAAAAUAUUUUCCUUUGUUUUAUCAUCGAACGAUUAUUGCUUUCGCAUCCAUGGAAGGAAAUGAUUGAAAGAUCGAACUGUAUGAUACAAAAAAAAACAGAAAAUUGAAACUCCAGUUUAAUGGAUGAUCGCACAGUAUAAAUAUUUCAGUAGUCACCAGUAUAAAUUUUUUAACAAUUCUCAAAUUUAGACAUGUUUCUUCAUACUUUAUUGAUAUGAAGAAAUCAACUAGAUUCUAAAUUAAUAUAUACAAUUGGCGAAUAUGCCUUAUCUCAUUAUAAGUUAUUUUUAAUAUCGUUACAUGAAAGUCAUCUCUUUGAAAAGAUAAUGAAGUGUACAUCGUUUCAUCAUCAAGAUUUAUUCAAAUUUGAAUCGCGUCGAUAGCAAUUGGAAGAUAUUAUAAAUUGGUUGCAAAACGUAUACAAUUUUUAUGGUCUAUGUAUAUUUCUGUUUUUUUAAAUUUUGUAAAACAUCACAUACAUCUGUAUUCUAUUAUUUAUCAUUUUAGAUAGAAAAUUAUCUUACCGUGAAUGUUGUGUAAUUUGCGCAAGAGACUAAAUUAAUUACGAAUGGAAAACUUCCACAGAUUUGGCUUCAUUUAGAUAAAUUUUUUUUUUAGCAAAUCGUAAUACGUUAUUAGCUAUCUAGUAACACCGAUUAAACUCUUAAACAAUUUUAAUACCUAAUGAAUUGAACCAACUAUUGAAUCAAACAGUAAAGAGAAAAAUGAGGUUGUGUAAAAUCAUAGUAAAUGACAUUGACACAUGGAACAAUUCGCAGCCGCUGCACAAUUAAAUAUUUUAUAUAUAGAAGCUUAUAGUCGUUUCUUUACAAAUAUGCAUUUAAAUCUGUUAAUAUUUGAUAAUGUUAUGUGGAAAGUUUAAUACUACAAAAAAGAGAAAGUGUAGUGGCAACAGUAGUAUCAUAGACAAUGAUGAUAAACAUUAAUAUCAUUAAUAAUAUUGAUUCUAAAUAGAAAUUAUUUUAUCUUUCAUUAUCAGUAAUUAAGAUUCAGUUCUAUUGCUACUCUUCUUAUAAUUUUUGGGCUAAUAAUAUAAAAUUCCAAAUUAAAUUUUGUUUUUAAAUAAAUUUCAGUUAUACUUGUUCUAAAGUUCAAUUUCUAAUACCUCUAAUAUAUUUAUAUAAAAUUAGAAAUUGAAAAUAACAUAAUAAUUCGAAGGUUCAUUCUCAGGUGUUUGUUAUAUUGUAUAUGUUGUCUUUUUGCUAUUUAUAGGAAUGAAACUAUGAUUCUAUUGUCAUUUAACUGUUUUGAGCCCCUUUGCAUUCCUAAUGAACAAUCAAUCUUUUAUAGUUACUGACCAAUAACCAUCUAUUUGUAGAAAUGUAUGAUUACUCUGAUGUAGAAUUACUCAUCCAUAUAACGCAGAAUUGAUACAGUCAUUAAUUGGUUCUUUAAUUCUACGAAGAUUUUCAUUUGAUCGGUUGUCUCAGACACAUGAAGGAGUUUUCUUUCUUGUUAACCUGAUUAACCUAUUACGGACUAAACAGUCAAAUAAUGUAUAAAAGAUUCGUAUAAACGCAACAUUAUUGAAAAACGUAAAUAAAAUAACGUACACAUUGUUUUGUCAAAUUACAAAAAUGUAUUAGAAUAAUAGAUACUUUGCAAGAAGCCCUAUUUUUAAAAAAAUAAAGUUGAAAAGUCUGUCAAGUGCACAUGCACUUAACUAAUUUUUAAUUGAAUAAGGAUUAUACAAUCAGGCAGAAGUUUACAUGCUGAAAUAAAUAAAAUGUAUAGAAUGAAAUUAUUGUCUUUGAAGUCUUGUCUACAAGAAAAACAAAUUUGAAACAACGGUCGUCAGUUAUAUGGGGUUUAAUUUGGGGUUAGCUGAGUGCAUGUGUACGCAUUGAAUUUUCGAACUCGAUUUUUUAAAAAAGGAAAGCAUAAGCGAACAGAUUUUACUUCUUCUAUUCAAUAAGUCUCAUUGAUUUAUUUUUACAUACUGAAUAACCUUUAAUUCACUAUAUUGUUUUGAAACAUUUUAUAUAUACAUUUAACGCCAACUUGUAUACUAUAUACAAUAUUACGCGCUAGAAAAUUAGGAUAUGUAGAAAUUAUAGUUCAGUGAUGAUGUAGAAACACAUUAGUUGGACUAGAUGAAGUUUUGAGAUUAAAUAAAAUUAUUCUUCAGAUUUAGCGUUCUAGUGAAGCAAAUUACAACGUUAUUAUAACAAAACAUCAAUGGAUUCAGAUCAAUGUUAUUCAGGAGAACAAACGCAAAUUGAAAAUUUAAUUUACAAUUGAAAACUUGUAUGUACACACAAUACGAAUGGCUGGUUCAUUCUCAUACACACCGUUUCAAUUUUCCGUCGACGCGCUUUAUGUAUUGUCGUUUACUAGCGAAAGAGUUGAGAAGUCGACAUUAAUUAAACUUGCAUACAAGUGCCUGGAGACACUGCAAAUCUGUUCUCAUCUUUUAAUAUACUAGUCACAAACUGACAUCAGUCAAUGCAUCGCGAAUAUGUUUUUACAAAAAUAAUGGUCGUAGUUACAAAGGAGGAGAUCUUUUUCUUUCUUUUUAUUUUACAUAUCGCACUUGUAUCGUACAAUCUCAUACUUGUAAAAUUGUGAUAACUGAAGAGAAACUGCAUUACAGAACGAUUGCUUGAAUCUUUUGUAACAAAAGUGUAACAUUUCCUGUUGAACAUUCCUGUAUUACUCGUGUCUCGCAUAUGAAAUCGAAUUAUCUUCGUUCACAGCGCCUAUCCUUCAUAAAUUCAUCUGUCAUGAAACAAAUGUCAGUAUGUACUAAUUUUCAAACUAGAGCAUUUUUUUAUCCUUAAAGACUAUUUCAAGAAGAUUUCUUCUUUCUAACGUUCCUAUAUAUUUAUGGAAAUUCCACAAAAGAUAACAAGGCUCAUUUCUGAACAGUUGUCAAGUGUUUUAUAUUUUUUAUGUUUCGCAUUUUCCUUUUUUUUCUCUUUGUCUUUUAUUUCUUAUACAUACUGGCUUUAUACGGCUUUACUUUUGUGCAGUGUUUCCUGGAUUAAUGUAACGUUUUCUUGGUGUAGAGUGAACAAGACAGAGUUUCGUAUCAGGAAAACGUAGUGGGGAUGGAGCAAAGAUAAAAAUGUUAUACUGAUCUAAGGAACAUUGUACAUUCGAGAAGUUCAGUUAGGGUUUCAAACAGAAUACAAUAGCGUCCGCUUAAAAUUGGGAUAACCAGAGUUGAUACGUAUAUAAAUAUGUUUCUUCUCUACUCCUAAAGAUAAAAAUUGACUUACGUCGAUUUCUCAAACAAAAGUACAUUGAAAAGUUCAUAAAAGCUCACACAAUCAUAAAGAUUUAGGAUAUAGGAUACGCGAAUCUUCGUUAUUGAUCAAAAUUGAAAAUUCGUUAUUGCCACAUCCACGAAUAUAUCAAUACCAAAUCCCUACCAUUCACAGAUCAACUCUGACUGAAUAAAUACUAUCUAUACUAACAUUUAGUGGAAAAGAGAGAUACUCGGGUUUUCCUAGAAAUAUACCUCCCUCGAUAACUGGCCAAAUAAAAUCCAACUCAUGACCAGUUAACGACACACGACUGUAUAUGUUGUUCGUGUGACAAACAAUGUUUACUAAUAACCAGACAAAUUGUUAUAUAAGCGCAUAAAAAAGAACUCGAAAUGUCCAAGUAGUUAGUAACAAUUUAAUUAGAGACACGAUAUCGGGCUGUCCAAAGUGGUGGAAUAUCCUACGAAAUUUCUUUCUUUUUUUCAGUGGCCUUAAAAGAAAUCUGAUUGUGCCUGAAGUUUAAUGGGUUACAUCGAACUUCAUCCGAGUUUACUUUAGCCGGAAGCCACCGAGGAAAUUUCAUCUGUCGAGUUUGAAUGCAUGAACUAAGGAAUUAAUUCAAUUUUUGAUUCAUCAUGUGAAAUUUUCUCAAAUUAUCGGAAGCUUAAGAAAAGUAGGGAGAGAUCAUUUACAUGCAAAGUGUAUAAGAUGUUUUAUAGUAGAACGAAUCAACGAUUACUCUUCGUAAAGUAAUUAUUUAAAAAAAAAAGAAAGCAUAAUAUUUGCUUCUUUGACUUUGUUCUCGGAGAGACAAUAGAUUUCCUAACUAUUUCUGAAAAUUGGUGAUUUUUACAUGUGUUCAUAAGUUUCAUCAGUGAUUUCGUGAUAAUAUUAUUUAUGAGGUGUUGCUUUGUGCGAUAAGUCAAACGUUCCAUGCAAGUUGUUUCAAUUGUUUAAAAUCUGAAAAUUGUACCUAUUGAAAAAGCUCAUUUAAGUAAAUAUAACAGGCGUAUAUUUUUUAAAAGUCCAUUUUAGAUUCAAGGACCGUUUAUAAAUUCACCUGUGAAUUAUUUGAAACGUUAUAAAUUAUAGGCGUGAUUUUUCAUCUACGCUGAAAAACAUUUAUACGGAGCAGGUUAUUUUUAUCAAGACUGUUGGUACAAUCUUUCAAACAAUAAUAUUAAACUAAUGUAAAGUGUGAAAUAGGGUUAAUGCUCCAUAUGUUCUCUAUGUUCUUUCUGUUUCUUCCUCUCAUCGUCUUCCUUUUGUAUCUUUGCCAGAUCUGAAUUUCAACUGAAAGCUGAACCUUACCAACUGCUAUGUUACAAUUUGUUCUUCAAUUAUUUAUGAUUUUCUCAUCAAGUCAGUGAGCUUCAGAUCAGCUAUUUAAUUGGCGGUAUAUUUAAUCAAAUAUUUGUUGGCGCUUUAACUGAAUUAUAGUUAGUAUAUUUUUAUAGAAUUGUACAAGUUAUGAUUAAUUGCGUGCCGAUUCUUGAAAAACUUGACCUCAUACUGAUUACAAAAAAAGGACGAUACUUGUCUUUAGGUGAUCAUUCUAGAGUUCCUACGUCCGUUCGAAUGACUUUUGUGCUUGCAAUGAGCAUUUGACACGUGUUCAAGUCCAAGAUGUUGUAUUAUUCUUUGUAACAGUGUUGCAUGAUUUGACAAGUAAAAAUUUAGGUAUUUUUUAGUAGUGUUUUGAGGAAAUGUGUUACAGAUAAUUGUAUGUUUUUUUUUGUAUUUAUUAAAAAAUACAAAAAUUAUAUAUGUCCCUACGUAGUUUUAGGUCAAUCGUAUAAAUAUUGUUUACGUUGCAUUUAAGAGAUAACCAUUAUUUUUACAUAGUCUAACUAUUUUUAAUAAUUUUCUUGAAAAGCAUUCUGAGAAAUAAAUCGGUUGAAACCUAACAACCCCUUAAAUUGUACAUCACGUGUCAACUUAGAAUUUUUUAUAAUAUUUACACGUACGUUUGCAGUAACGAUCAUCCAGUCUUUUUUUACAAUUUCGAAUAAUUACGAAAAAUGUUUUGUUAUUUAUUUUAAAUCACGUGUCACUAUCAUAUAAGGUACAUCACGGAUAUCAAGCUACUUUUAUAUUAGAAACAAUUUAAGAAUUAUGUACAAUGAAAAUAGAAAUUCAAUUUUUAAUCAGCCAUCUUCUAUGAUUCUAUGUCACUUGAUUUGUAUUUCUGCUCUUUUUUUCUUUUUCAAAAUGUUUCGUGAGUCAAUAUUUUGUAACUCACUUAAUAUACACAUUUUGACUUGAUUUUCUGUAAUUCGUACUUAAAACAUAUACAAAUUAAGACACGCGUUGGAAGUUUCUGAAUUUAUCUUCAAGUAAUUCCAUACUCCUUUGUCUAAUCUAUGUUUUCGUUGCAGUAAAUGAAGCGAUACUUUUUUCGCGAAAUUAAAUAUUCGACAGCUCAAUAGUUUAUCUUAAGGUGUUUCGCUCGCAGGUCCUUGCCAUUUUAUAAACAUUUCCAUUGUCCCUAUAUAAGAUUACAAAAUUCAAAAUACUUGUAUUAAUAAAAUUGACAAUUUUUUAAAAAGUAAUUUAUUAAUAGGUCAUAAUGAAACAUGUAAAAUAAAAUCGAUAAAACGAUCAACUUAUAAAGGUACUAACAAUAAGAAAAACGAGUACGAUGAAAACGAAAGGAAACAAAAGUAAAGUAAAAGAUAUUACAUACAGCAAUUUCGAACGGACGAAGAUCGAUUAGCACAAAGCAACAGAGACAAAGAGAAUAAACGCGAAAACGAAUACUAGAAAGAAAAAUAUGGUGCCAGGAACUAAGCUGUAGACGAACGAAGGGAACUUCAUAAUUAAAUAGUGAAUAUUUUAUGUACAUAGAACGUGUUCGUAGUCUAUUUUGCCAUUUCGUAUACAACGGAUUACGGAUAUGUAGGAUUAAACUAAAACUAGUUUUUAAGCGAGUGAUUCAAUUUAAACUAAAAAAGGGCGUAUCGCUAUAAUAAAAAAAAAAGAUAUGACUGUAGGCUUAAUCAAAUUUAGAUUAGGAGUAACAAUAGCUGUCGCUAGGAUUCGAUCGUCGUUCUUUUUCAGCUUCAUUCUCCUUUGUCGUAAUUGGUUUUUCAAUUAAUCUUGUACCUUGGACACCUUUUUUAUUAUUGUUUUGUUGUUUUAAUAUUUGAAGUAAAGAAGAGAUUAUAUGCAUGCACUUGCACGAUGGCUCGACGUAAUUUGUUAUGACAUUCUUGUGAAACUUGGGAAUUUAUCUUUCUCUAUCUUUGAAGUGAUCACGUUCCAGUGGCUAUAACACAUGAAGAAUACUUUUCUAUUAACACUUCACUUUUACCAGCUAAUAGUAUAUAUACAUAAUAAAGAAUGAUUUUAUUUAAUUUUUCAGAGCCUAUUUUAUGAACUCUUCAUUACUUAAAUUUUGUUUGUUUCUGAAAGUAUAAUCAACUAUAUCGAUUCUACUAGUAAAAAACCACAUCGACUAUUUUCUGUUAUAAAUACAAAAAUUUAGGUCCAGAUCAUUAUCAGAAGAUUUAAUUGAAACUUUAUCUGUGAUUAAUUUCUAAGAAGUUGAAUACAACGAAACUGAUUGAAUUCUACUGUUAACGAAAAUAGGUCAGUACAACUAGUUGAAAAAUAUAUAAAUCUUUCAAUGAGUAUCUGGAAGAAAGCUAUCUUCCUUUGAAUGAACGACGAUCUUGUAGAAUAUUGUAAAUAAUUUUUACCAGAAGUAAUUGGAGCUACGUCUGUAAACGGAUGUCCUGUUGUAAACGGCUGAAGAAAAUGCACUACAUUGCAAAUUCUUGUAUUGUUACUUAUAUGCGUAUAUAUAUAUUCUAUAUAUAUAUAUAUAUGUAAAUUACACAGUUAUACACAGGAUACAUAAUUUAGAAAAGAUAAGGAAAAGCGAGGGUUGAAAAGAAGGAAAACUGCUUUCUGAAACGUAUCUUUUUUAUGAGAAAAUUAAUCCUUGCUUUGUUUCACUUUUUUUCCUUUUCUUCUUGUAUCUUGAUCUCUUAAUUAAUUCUUGUAUUUAUGUAUGUAUGUAUAGUAUAUUUAUACUCAUCUUUUCUUUUAAGUACGUCCGUUUCGUUUGUUUAGCUGUAAUGGAUUGAAGAAAAAGUUAUUAAAAUAAAAAAAAGAUUGUGUUAGUAUAUUAUAUUUACUUAUAAUAAUAUAUUUAGGAUUAGAAAACUAAAAUUUCUUUUCUUCGGAUUUUUCUCUAGAAUCGAUCGCGAAAAUUAAUUUUUGGUAUAUUGACGACGUUUACAGUUAUUGUAACUGGUUUUUGGAACGAUCGAACGAAGUUUCAUGAAGCGUCUCGAGAAAAAAUUCCGUUCUGAAUUUUAAACUAGCGAAAGAUUGAUUUUUCUCGAUUAAAUCUUCUUUCUGUUGUUUCAUCUUUCCAAGUGGAUAAAACCACUUGAAAAUUUUUUCGAACGGAAUACUUUUCUUUAAAUCUAAUUUAUAUCCAAAAUCCAAUUUGUGAUUUUGAUCGAUUCUAAUUUUGUAUAUUGUAAUUAAUUCGGCGAUCAUUUCAGCUCAACAACUCUUGCAAUUUUUCUUAUGAUAUUUCUUUGGAACGAUAUGAAAACGAUAAGAAGGAGAAUACUGACGAUUGACAAAUCAUUAAUUGUGCGAUGAUCGAUAAAUCAUUCGAGAGAGGAUUGAUUAUUCAAUAAACUGUAAAUCAUUCCCUAGGGGGUUAAUUAUUUAUAAUCGAUAAAUCAUUCACUAGAAUGUUGAUCGUGCGAUAAUCGAUAAACUGUUUCCUAGAGAAUUUGCUAUGCAAUAACCUAUAGAUCAUUUCGUAAAGAAUUAAUGGAAAUUAAAGUACGAAGCAAAGUGACUUAAGAAUCAUACAUUCAGAAUAUCUAAACAGAUAUUAAAGAAACAGAAUAAAUAUGAGUGUAAUGAAUUGGGAAAAAGAGUAUGUCAGCAUUUUAAUCCUCGUGUUACUAAUUUUAAUUAUCAAUCGAUUAUUAUUACGCCAUAAGCUUCCGAUCAACGAUUAUCUCUUUAAAAUGAAAGGAAAAAACUAAUUAAAACGUUUUUAACCAAUAAACAAUUUUUACACUACCAUACAUGAUGAGAUGACACGAAAAAUAUAUAUAAAGUAACAAUAAUUAGAAUCGACUGAAAGCAAUAGAGGAAAACAAUACCCUAGAUUAAAAGAAUACAUUGAUCAAGAAUUUUAUUCGAAUUUUGUAAGAAACACGCAUAGAAACGAACUGAUAGAUUCCUUCGAAGACUAUAACUAUGGUGUAGCCUACUAUUAUACUCUAAAUAAAAGGGGGAAAAUGAAUUAUUAAAAGAAAAAAAAACAGAAUAUUUAAUUGGAAUAAGAUCGAUGGUAUUUACUCGUAACGAUGAGUUAAGCUGGAGAACGUGCAAAAAUAUGAGAAAUUAAAAAAGGGAAAACUUAUAAAAUAGAAUCAUAAAUUAUCGAUUGUGCUCUCCGUUUGGCGGCCUCGCGAAAAUAACCGAUUUAUUUUUUCAGAUUUAUUAAUCGUACUGAUGCAUACAUAUGGCGUAUAUUACGUUACAAUCCGAGCUAUGACGAUGAUUUUGCAUAACAUUACCAAUUUGAGAUCCCAUCAAAACGAAAACUGUUGAUCAUGUAAAUACGAUAUACAUUCGUAGCAUACGAAUAUUAUUAUUAUUAUAAAAAAUAGAAAAAACGAGACGAACAUGUGUGCGUUCACGUAAUAUGUGUAUGAUAGAAGAUUGUAUGCGUGUAUACGAAUGAGAGAAAGAUAGAGAAAGUAAAAUGAAAAAAAAAUAUAGACAUAUAUUAUAUAUAUACAAAUAUAUAAUUUACAUAUUGUAGUUGUAAUACGCCUAGAGAUAUUUAAGUAAGGGUGUUAUACGUGAUGGAACGAGCUGUCGUGUGAACGAUUUGAGAAUCUUGUAUGCGUAGAAAGAUUGUAACGUUUAUGAGUGCGGUAAAUAAUAAUAAUAAUAAUAAUAAAAAGGACAAAAACCGAA